GUCAAAGAUAUAGGCGUAAACAAUUGAUGGCGACAGGCAAACAACUUACAAACCAGCUGAGCCAAGGAGUGCCUCCAUCUUCGCCAAAAACAUCAUCUAUGGCUCUCCCGCCACUGGGUUGAGUGUUGGCUCUUGCGAUUAGAAAGACCACAUUCAAGACCACACCCAAAGGCAGCGCCCAGUCCUUCUCAAACUGAUCCCAAUCAUUUGCAUCUAUCUCUUCCGACAGCCAUAGGAGAAAGUCCAAGGGGUUUAGGUAGGAUUUGAUGCGCUCUGCCAAUGGUUGGCGGCGUAUGAGCCGGGGCAUCGUGACGCCAGAAAAGCUACGAUAGUAGCGCGAGCAACUGCAGAUCAAAACAAGGAUUAGCUUUCUAGGUGGCUCCAAAAGGUAGCUAGAAAUCAGCAACUGGACUUACCUAUGGCAAGACAAAGAUGACAAGCUGAGGGCAAGUUUUCCGUCCCACUUGUGUAAACAUACAACAACACAAUGAGAAAAAGCGCAUACAAUAUGUGCUUAGGUAAGCAGCGUCGGGGCCACUUAUGACGACUGUCCGAUCAACUUGCGGCAAGUCGAGACUCCACGGGGACAGUGUCACCCUUGUCCCAGAUCCCACUUUCUUUCGAGCUGUUCCCUUCGCCGACUGCUCGUAUCUAUCACAAUGGCGGCCCAAGCCAAGGACCGGCAGUUCCUUGCUGUCAUCGGAGAUGAAGAUUCGGUGACUGGACUUCUUCUCGCUGGUGUUGGUCAUGUCACAGAUCCCCCCGACUCCCAAAGGAAUUUCCUUGUGGUAGACUCCAAGACCGAAACCUCUACGAUUGAGAAAGCGUUCCAAAACUUUACUCAGGAAAGAAAAGAUAUUGCUAUCGUUCUCAUCAAUCAACAUGUUGCAGAGCGCAUCCGCCACAGUGUCGAUUCCUUCGCCGAUCCAUUUCCCGCCGUCCUAGAAAUCCCAAGCAAGGAUCACCCAUAUGACCCCGAGAAGGAUAGCGUGCUUAAACGGGUGCGGCGUCUGUUUGGAGAGUAGAUCUCGGGAGUACCCUGUUCUACUUUUAUCUAUCCUCGGCAUGAUAUAAGUGUCGUAUGUGGCUGUGGGAAUGGAACUAUGUGUGCAGAGGGAUGAUACCCAGUUUAUUCGAGAGUUGUUCAUAUAGACUCGUAUAUGCCUACCAUUGAUAAGUCAGGGAAUGGCGCCAAUCCGACAUCUAUGCCAGGACGACUAUCCUGCAGAAGGAAUCGUCUUUCACAUUUCGUAAAUAGAAUACGUGAGA